UACAGCAAAAACUCAGCGUCAGACAGGAAAGAUUAAAGAGAGAAUGUGUGAGGAAUUGUAGAGAAGAAAACACGACAAGGACUAAAAUAAGGAUGUAAUUUCAAGUGAAAGGAAGGAGAAGGCCUCACUAAAGACAACAUAAGAUAAAGAGAAAGAAUGGAGAAUAUUGAAGUUUAGAUGGAGAGCCAAGCAGGACGAAGCCUGCAAAAAACCAACCAACUUCUAACCGUGUGGACAUCUACAAUUUGACCUUGAUAUCAAGUAAGACAUGGCUUCCUUGGGCAUGCACAUGCUGGCCAGUGCUUUGGCCCUAUUGGGUUGGGUUGGAGCCCUCCUGUCCUGCAUCAUACCGAUGUGGCGUGUCACAGCCUUCGUGGGAAACACCAUUGUGACUUCAGAGACCAUAUGGGAGGGCAUUUGGAUGAGCUGUGUCACUCAGAGCACAGGCCAAAUCCAGUGCAAACCAUAUGAGUCCAUGCUUGCACUUGGCUCAGACCUUCAGGCAUCUCGGGCCCUCAUGGUAAUGGCAAUUAUUAUCGGUGCGGUGGGCCUUGUUUUGGCCUUCUUUGGAGGAAAAUGCACUAUCUUCCUGGCCAAAACCAAACGGGCCAAAGCCAAAGUUGCCAUGGCUUCUGGUGUUGCGCUGAUCGUCACUGGCAUUCUUUGCAUGAUCCCUGUCUCCUGGUCAGCUGGCAUUGUGGUACAGGCCUUCUACAACCCACAGAUGACCGAUUCGCAGCGCAGGGAGAUUGGGGGUGCUAUUUAUGUUGGCUGGGGUGCAUCUGUCAUUCUCAUCUUAAGUGGAGGAAUGUUUUGUACCACAAUCUGCAAAGACCAGACAGAGGACGACAGUGGUCCUUCAGUGAAGUACUUAGUUGUGCGCUCGCGGGCAGGGUCUAGCAUGGCAGGCUCGCAGAGGUUGAGGCCUGUUUCUGUCAGGACGAUACAGAACAGCGCUCCAUCUGUGAGGUCCCAAUGGAGUCAAAAAUUCCCUUUGAAUCAUCAGGACAGAUUUCCAUCCACAGGCUCCCAGCACAGCAAGCCAUCAACUACAAAGUCACAGCUUGCCAGAGUCGAGUCAGUGGCAGAGUCUGAGUGGGCAUCUACAAAGUCCCAGCUGAUUGGGGAGGGUUUGAAUCAGACUCCAGCAGCCUCUGAACCUAGGGAAAAUGCUCCACAAGCAUACAUAUGAUGAAGGAAUCCUAGCCCUACCCCUGCAAGACCAUUUUGAACAGGGUCUUGCAUGCACUUGGACAAUAGUAUAUGUAUCUUGCAUAGCACUGUGAAUUGCACAUGAUUUAAAAUGAAGAAUAUUGUAAUGGCUGUAGGUUGUUAUUAUUAUGUAAAAUUCAUAACAAUCUCUUUUAGUUCUUUUAUUAUAAGCACAUUUAACACCAUUGGAGGAUGGCACUGUAAAUUGUAGAAGAGGAAGAUGUAGAUGAAGAUUUGUACUGUGAAUUGAUCUUAGACCAAAAGUAGUCAAGAUUAUUAGAGGGUUAGUUCACCCCAAAAUGUAAAAUGUGUCAUUGUUUACUCACCCUCAUGUUGUUUCCAACCCAGAAAUGUAUGUAGAAUGACAGCCUUAGUCACCAAUCACUUUUAUUGUUUGGCAAAAUAUAAUAUUCUGCAUAACAUCUCCUUUUGGAUUCCAAAGAAAAUAGAAAGUCAUAAGGGUUUGUUGAUUGUGUUUGUUUUGCAGUUAGUUGUAUUUCAGAUAUGCAUUUAUUUCAACCCAUUUUAUGUAUUUAAUGUUUAUAUCUUUACCCUAAAUAAUAUAGAUUCCUGAUUGUAUGGGGUAAAAAACUUUUGCGACCUCACUUUAUUUUUAUGACAUAAGAAUACAAUGUCAGUCAGUUCUAGUUUUUCUCCUUUGUAAAGGAUGCUUCUUCGACAAACAUACAGAAAUAUGUCAGGCUCAUUCAAAUUUGAUGAACCAAUUUCUGUUUGAAUAUAGCACUGCUAUAAUCUUGGCCACACUUUUGAUGAACAAUGGUUUGGUUCAGAUUUUACAAGGGAGGGAAAAGAACACUUUCUUCAUUGUUAGCCUGCCUUGCAUGUGAGCCGCGAAUGGAUUCAGGCCAAACCGGUUCAACAGAGAGUAUCAUCUCAUGAAAAUGCUUCGCAUUUUAUCAGGACAUACAGCACUUUAAAGGACUAAAUGAAGUUUCAGUGUGUGCUAGGGGAGUUCAUCAUGUAGAGAUACACUCUACAUGAUUAGUUCUUUGUGUCUGAAUUAACAGAAUUUAUACAUUUGACUUAAAACUUAACAACCUUAUGAAAUAAAAGUACAACAUUUCCUUCAUGCCAUCUAUACAAGUAUGCUCUUAAAAUGUCUCAUUAGUCAAACUCAGAAUGUGAUUAUUACUGUUUUGAACUUAUCUAAGGUAAACACAAGCUAAUAAAAAAUCUUUUGGAUUGAUCU